CUGUGGAGUCCAGGGGUUAGUAAAGAGUCUCACAGUCAUUUUCAGAGGCUCAGUGGAUUCUCCAAUGAGAAUGAGUGAAAUUCACAUUCUGAUCCAUAACACUUCAUGUUUGUAGCAUUCAGAGUGGGCAGAAGGUCACUGAACUGUAACCUCUUCAUCGAGGAGCACAUGUCAUACAGUUUUAUGGUUUCUUCAGAGUUCAGGUUUUACUGCUGCUUCGCUGAUUAAGUUGAUCCAACCUGUCUGUAAAUGAUUCUCGUGACACGCCUCAUUCUGAGAUACUCCUGCAGUCUGAGCUCAGGCUCAGGCAUGAGCUCCGUCUGUGGGCCGUCUGUGGCUGCAGGAAAGUGAGAGCUGCUGAAAGAGGAACAUGAAGGUGUUGGUGGUGUUUGUGAUCCUCCUGCACGUUUCCCAGCAUGCCCUGGCUGUGCUGGUGGAGGUGUAUGAGGGGCAAAGAUCUGUCCUGCUGCCCUGCCAAUACUCUGGUAUUAUGCCUGAGGACCCCACAGUCAUGUGGACUCGCAGUGAUCUGGAUCCCAAAUCUGUGCACCUACAACAAGAAGGAGGAGAUGAUCUCAGAGGACAAAACCAGCGUUACAGCGGGCGCACAUCAAUGAGGCCUGAUGCUCUGGAUACUGGAGACUUCAGCCUCACUCUGAGGACACCACAGCUGACUGACAGCAGCAGCUACACCUGCUCCAUCAGUAAUGGAAGAGAAGAACGGAGACUAACAGACGUACAGCUGCAGGUCAAAGAACACCAAGUGGAGGUGAAGGUGGAGGAACGGUCAGAGUCGGUCAUCCUGCCCUGCAAAACCAAUCCUGGCCUUCCUGAGGACACUGCAGUGGAGUGGACUCGCUCUGAUAUAGUCGCACAUGUGUAUCCAAACACAAGCGACCCCCUAAAGAAACAGGACGAACGUUACUGCGGCCGCACAAAGAUGAAUGAAGACCUGCUGAGAACCGGAGACCUCAGUCUGACCCUGAAGUACCCCACAGAGAGAGACACAGGAGGAUACAUCUGCACCAUCUACAGGGGCAAAGACAUCCUGAGACACAGAGUAGUGCUGCAGGUCAAAGAACUGUUUCCAUCCUGGGCCACAGCUCUCCUGGUUCUCCUGGGUCUCUUUGUGGUUUCUGGUCUUUUAUUUUAUUUCCGGCACUACUUCAUGUCAGAUUACGAGGUGCAGGUGGAUUCAGGGGUGGAGUCUGUGCAGCUGCCCUGUAAAGCUCUACUUAACUUGUUUGAAGACACUAAAGUGGAGUGGAAGGACGGACACAGCAGGAAGGUCCACGUGUAUCAGAGCAGCUCUGACCAGCCUGGAGAACAGGACGACUUUUACAGAGGACGAACAGAGAUGAAGAGGAACUUCAUGCUGAAAACUGGAGACCUCAGUCUGACCUUGAAACACCCCACAGACAGUGACACCUACACCUGCACCGCCUACAACAAAGACAGAAACAUCCUGAUGAAGAAACAAGUGGAGCUCAGUGUCAGAGUCCCACAGGUGGAGGCAGAUUCAGGGGUGGAGUCUGUUCAGCUGCCCUGUAAAACCAAAGUUCACCUGCCUGAAGGUGGUAAAGUGAAGUGGACAAACACUUACAAUGUGACGGUCCAUGUGCAUCAGAAGGGCCAGCAUGGAGAACAGCACCGGAUUUACAAAGACCGAACAAAGAUGGACGAAGACCUGCUGAACACUGGAGACUUCAGUCUGACCCUGAAAUACCCCACAGACGGAAACACAGGCACCUACACCUGCACCGCCUACAACAGAGAGGGGGACAUCUGGAUGAGGAAACAAGUGGAGCUGAAAGUCAGAGACUGUCAGGUGGAGGUGGAGGAGGGGGCGGAGUCUGUCCAGCUGCCCUUCAAAACCACAGGGAACCUGCCUGAAGAUGCCACGAUAGAAUGGGAAUACUGUGAACCUGGAGUCAGGAAGGUCCAUGUGUAUCAUAACGGCUCUGACCAGCCUAAAGAACAGGACCAGAAUUACAGAGGCAGAACGAGGAUGAAUGAAGAACCUCUGAGAACCGGAGACCUCAGUCUGACCCUGGAACAGCCCACAGAGAGAGACAGUGGGAGAUACAGGUGUGAAGUCAAGAAGGACUUUAUACUCCUCAGAAGGAAAACACUGUUUCUCAAAGGGAGCUUUCUGGUCCAGAAUAAAAGAGGGAUCAUCAGGAACAGAAGCAGCUCCAUUGAUCCGACUCCUCUGAUGGCUGAUUAAUCAGUUUGAGCUGUUUGUUCUUUGAUUAUUGAUCAGUGAUGUCAGAGUGGAGUCAGUGGGAUGUUGUCUGUGACUGAAAUCUCCAGAAGCCCAAGAGAAAAAGACUCACAGGUCUCAUACACAGAGAAAACUUGCCUGAUGGUAACACUAUUGCAGAGAAAUGUAGGAAGAAGAUAUCAUAUGCAUAUACACUUCUUCAAAACAUUAAAGGAGCAUUUUUUAAUCAGAGUUCAGCAUCAGUCAGGAAAAUCUCUGUGACACUGACAGGGUUAUAAUAGUUUUGGAUUUUACAUUAUAGUUUAGUUUUAGUUAGUUUUUACUUUUAUUUCUCUAAUUCAGUUAGUUUUAAUUAGUUUUCAGAGAGGUUUUGCUCGUUUU